AUGGUCAAGGACGAGAACGGAAGUCCGGCGCCGUUGCGUCGAUACUCGGGUGAGACGGUUGUCAUAUCCCUUCCCGACGACAAGACUAUCUACGACUACGACUGGCUGGGCGUUUGGUGCGAGGAAUUCAACGUAGACUUCGGACACAUCCGUAUCCCUCAACACAUACGAGUGCCGCCAUCGCCCAAAAUGCUGGGCAUUAAGCCAGAGGUGAGUCCCAACGAGAGGGCCAUUAUAGGCCUCCCGCCGCCCGUACCGCCCGAACGCCGGGUUAAGCCUACGAGACGUCGUCGACCGCCGACUCCGAAACGGUUGGGCACUGCGGCGACGAUACUUUACGACGAAUUGGGUUACGAAUUACGUUGGGUUAUGGAUGGCGACGAUAUUGUCAUGCAAUUGGUCGGCAAAGUCGACCCGAACGAAUACAUGUCAUUCGGUUUAAGCAAAGAUGACGCCAAGUCUGAGAUGAUAGGCACGGAUGCCGUGGUUGCGUGGGUAGGACCGGGCGGUAAUGGACGGGCUGUUGACUAUUUUCUGGGCAGUAAAGAGCAGUGUGUUGGCAAUCGUGGCUCGUGUCCCGACGUUAAGCAAAAGGGGGCCUCAGAUAGCGUAACACUAUUACACGCGGCUAUAGUCAAUGGAUUCAGCAUGGUCACUUUCAAACGACCACAGUUAGGACUGGAUGAACAGUACGAUCAGCACAUAUACAGCGACGGCCCACAAGCUGUCAUGUGGGCUAUCGGUCCCCUUAAUGAGCGUCAGGAGACAUCCUAUCAUAGGCUACAUAACCAGGGUGAUAUGUUCAUAGACUUUGCACGUACACCCAAAUGGAACUGCCCCCUACCGGAUGAGACUAUUAAGCAAAUGGCACCGGGAGGUCAGGGUCUCAAGCCUACAGCCCGCCCUCAGCUACGACCCCAGGCUGUUGAGGCACCACAACCUCCACCACAACAACAGUCUCGACCACAACUACAGCCCCGACCGGCACAACCCCAACCCCCACCCCCUCGGCAACAGUCAGCCCCACAACAAGUCCAGUCCCAACCCAAUCCCAAUGCAUGGCGAGUGCCGCCCAUUGUAUGUCCGGCCGAUACGACCCUAAGGGCUCAGAUUGGACCCACUGGUGGUACAAAGGGUUAUCAGGCUAUUACCGGUAAAGUGGGCUGGGGUAUAGCCUGGUACAUUAAUGGGCUCCUAAUACCGGAGUUGACGUUGCAGCGAGGAAAAACCUACACAUUCAUCGUGGAGGGGGGUAACGACAAAAACAACUCCGCCCGACGACACCCCCUAUACCUGUCGGACGAUCCGGACGGGGGUUUCGACUACAAGACGGACGCCCAGCGACAGAACGAACAGAUCUUCGGUGGGGUCGGUAUCACACCCGACGGGGUUAUCCUACCGACUAGUGAGGGCCGGCUAUGCGAAUGGAAAGUGAAUACUCAAAACCCCCGGCGCCCGGAGGACUACCAAAACUUUUUCGACUUUCAACGCAGUUUGAACCUGGAGUGUGCUCAGGGUAACUCAGGGGUACUCAGGUUUACCCCGGAUAACCAGACUCCGGACCUCAUAUACUACCACUGCUAUACGCACCGGAACCUGGGCUGGAAGAUACAUAUAGUGGACAGUUGUGAUCAGCACCAGCUGUUUGGACAGUCGUCUAUACCAAAGCCCUCUGUUUUGAAACCCAAUCCAAACGCAAAGUCCGGUCCGCACGAUAUACACGACAAACAUACCGUUCCCCUUCAUUUAGAUAAAGGCGUAGAGAGUGGACAUGUAUUUUUCCCUGACCUGAAACGUACUGGUGCUAAUACUACUAGUGCUAAUAAUCAAAAACAUGAUACAUAUAAGCCAUCGGUUAGGCCGUUGAUAGCCCUCCAGAAGCCUAACCACAAACAUAGGCCCAACUCGUCGCCAAAGCCGGUGGUGCCGCAGAUCCCGGCCCCGCAAUACGUGCCGUUAAGUCUGCCACCACUGGGCGGACAGCCAUAUCACGGACCGCCGCCCUAUCUCUUCUCAUACCCGACUCCACAGCAAUCGUACGGCGAGUUUCCCAUCGGUCCAAUCAAAGCCUUCGAUCAGGUAUUCCGACCGCCACCACCUCCACCACCCGCACACAUAUCGCACCCACAGUACAUACCCGUCCCCUUAGACACCGUCCCUCAACCUCAACACUCAGCGCCGUUAGUCUCGUCACCGGUAGAUAAUCUUCACACGGGAUUCGUGCCAAUGCUCAUCAAAACCGCCAAUCAGUCUAUUGUCAAACACUUUGAGCUCAAAGCCCAACACCAGUCGCCACACAAACCCCAACCCCCGUCAUCCCUGUCCACAUCCCAGUCCACCUCCAGUUCCAACCCAUUCUCCCAAAACAAUUCCGUUCCCUUCGCGCCCACCUUUCGGGCCCCGAGUCCUGACUUCAGUGGCUUUAAUAUAUCACAUUAUGGGGAACUGGCGCCC